AUGUUCAUCGGUGGAUUGAAUUGGGAGACUACUGAGCAGUCUUUAAAGGACUACUUCUCUCAAUUUGGCGAAGUCAGCGAAUGCACUGUGAUGCGCGACAGCGCAACAGGCCGGUCCCGAGGCUUCGGAUUCUUGACAUUUAAAGACCCCAAGUGCGUCAACACCGUCAUGGUCAAGGAGCAUUAUCUUGAUGGCAAGAUUAUUGACCCCAAGCGGGCUAUCCCUCGUGAAGAGCAAGAGCGUACGAGUAAGAUCUUUGUAGGUGGUGUUAGCCAGGAGGCUACUGAGGAGGAUUUUAAGAACUUCUUCAAACAAUUCGGUCGCGUAGUAGACGCUACUCUCAUGAUGGACAAGGAUACCGGCCGACCACGUGGCUUUGGCUUCGUCACAUUCGACGGUGACGCUGCAGUCGACGCAUGCUUACAGGGACCGCUCCAAAUUCUCGGCAAGCCCAUCGAAGUCAAGCGCGCUCAGCCUCGAGGAAACAUGCGAGAGGAGGAAGACAACAAGAAAUUUGGCCGUGGAGGCAAAUUCGGUGGCCGAAACGAGCAGGCAAACAACGGUGGUGGAGCGGGAGACUUCAAUCAAAACAACAUGGGCGCCAACGGUCAGAACGCGGGUAUGACUCCAGCCAUGAUGGCCCAGUACUGGCAGCGCAUGCAGCUCUAUUUCCGACAAAUGCAGCAGAACCUGGCUGCACAAAAUGGCAGUAUGCCCAACGCCAUGGGUGGCAUGCCUGGUAUGAACCCUCAGAUGAUGGGUAUGAUGGCCAACGGUGGCGGUCCCAUGGGCGGCAUGAACCCGCAGAUGAUGAACCAGAUGGGCAUGAUGGGCGGAAAUAUGUCCCCAGGACAGAAUAUGGGCAACCAGCCUACAAACUUCGGAAAUAAUCAAGGCAUAAUGGGUGGUGGCGAACAGCGACAGGGCGGUCCGGGUUACACUGCCCAAGAACAACUGAUGUUUGAGCAGCAGAAAUACCAGCAGCAAGAAGCCCGGCGCAUGCAGCAACAGGCUGGUUUUGGUGGGCAGGGCGGACCUACCAGCUGGGAGGGCAUGUACGAUGACAUUCCUCAGCCCGGCGUUCCCUCAGGUCCAGGCGCUCAGCGCAUGCAGGGCGGCAAGUUCAACAACCGCGCCCGCCAAGGCUCAUCCCAGCCGCCAUCUGGUCCCAGUAACGCCCCAGCAAACGCGCCCACGGGCCCAAAAAACGCAGGCAAACCGGGCGCGAACUACCGAGGUGGAGGUAGAAAUGCCAACUAUCGGCACAAUCCUUAUGGAGGAGGUCGCGGGUAG